AGAAAAAUACAGUUUAAGCAAUGAUGGGCCAUUUUUACAAACACAUAAAUUUCGCUUGAAAAAACAUUUAAGUUAAAAACGUACAGUCCUUCCUCCGUUGGCACAUUUAAAAAAAAAGAAGCCAAUGAGAAGGUUGGCAACAAAAAAAAAGGGGGGGCAUUUUUGAAGAAACAAAAUGCUGCGUCGCAUGACGCGUACAUUCACGAAACUAUAUAAUACUGCAUACGUAAGCAGCGCCUUUGCAGUAUUGCUCUGUACAUCUCUUGUGCCAUGUUUUGCUUUUGUGCCGGCCCCGCAACUAUUAAAAAAAUGUUUACCUGUGAGAAUUGCAGAAGGAUAGCAUAACUCAGUACAACAUAUACGAUGCACUUCGCGCUUAUGCAAUUUUAUUUUCGCAAAACGUAUAUGCUUAUAUGCAUUAUGUAAUAUUAUGCUAUGCACGUAUUGCGCAUAUGGUAACAAAAAUAUUUGGGAAGCUGUUAACAUAGCGAAGGAAAAAAUACCAGCUAAACGCAGAUUUGCAUAUUUUCAACACCCCUCUUAUUUAAAACCGUUUAAACUGUUUAAAUAAUUUAUAGAUAAAAAAAAAAAUAUAUAAUUUUUUAAGGAAAAAAAAAAAAAAAAAAGGAAAGCUAUUUCAAUCCUGCCAUGUAAAUUUAUAUAUGUUUUAUAACGCCGUGCCAGCAACGCUGUAUUAACUUUUGCGUACCUUACUGAUUCGACAUUUCAACGUUUAGUAGUCCUUUUUUUUGCGAAACGCAAUUUAUCCAACUACUUAUACAUAAAAAUCCAAAAUGGCAGUAAAAAAAGUGGGAAAAAUUGUAAAGAAGAGAACGAAGAAGUUCACCCGUUUUCAGUCGAACAGGUUUAUGCGUGUUAAGCCCGCAUGGAGAAAACCAAGAGGUAUUGACUGUCGUGUCAGAAGAAGGUACAAAGGAACGAACUUAAUGCCAAGUAUUGGCUACGGAAGCAACAAAAAAACGAAAUUUUUGCUACCAAAUAAUAAGUACAAAUAUAUAGUAAGGAAUGUGAGAGAAAUGGAACCGUUAAUUAUGAACAACACAAAGUACUGUGUGCAAAUUGCUCAUAAUGUUUCGAGUAAAAAGAGAAGAGAAAUAAUUGAGAGAGCCAAACAAAUGAACGUGUCGGUUAUUAAUGCAAAAGCUAAGUUACAAAAAACGGAAGAGUAAGCCGCAUUUUCGCGCGUUCUGUGCUUAUACGUUAUGUGUAUUAUACCCUGGGCAGAUCGCGCAGUGUUUAUUUUUUUUCCUUUUUGCUUAUUAAUUUUUUUUUUUUUUUCCCACAAAUUUUAAUAUAAUUAUAAAAAUAAACGUCGAAAAGGAAAAGCGGUAAAAGGGUCACCGUUAAAAUAAUAGCUGCAUUACGGUAU